AUGACAGAGCGGCCCCUUUGCACCUGCGACCCACCGCCACCUCCUCCACGACCUCGGGGAGGCGGGUCGACACCACGGCGCACACCACCGCCGCCGGCCGCCGCGACAACAAGCGCCAUGGGCCUCGCUGCCGAAAUCCACAGCACAGAGGAGGUGUGCGAAGGCAGCAAGCGCUACACGGCGUUCAAAGUGGUGGUGACACAAGAGGGCUCCUCCUGGUCCGUCCUCCACAAGCACACGGAGUUCAGCCACCUCCACACCGUGCUGAAGAAGCAGUUUCCAGAGCUGAAUGUGAAACUUCCAUCGAAAAGCAUCUUUGGGAACACUCUGGACGGAGUUUUCAUUAAGCAGAGGAGGAACGGACUCAACAGCUUCAUCCAGAGGGUAGUGUCGGACCCGCACGUCUGUCAACACCCCGACGUGCAAGCCUUCCUGCAAAUGGACCACCGCGGCAAGAAGCGCUCUCAGCCGGCUGCGCAGACCAACUCAAACCACAAUCUGAAUAAUGACUCUGACACGAUCAACCUCGGUCCGUCUGCAAACCCACAAGCCAAAACCACGGACUUUGAUUUCUUGAAAGUGAUUGGGAAAGGCAGCUUUGGCAAGGUGCUGCUCGCAAAACACAAAACCGAUGGGAAAUUUUACGCGGUUAAAGUCCUGCAGAAGUCGGCCAUCCUCAAGCGCAGAGAGCAAAAGCACAUCAUGGCGGAGCGCAACGUGCUGCUGAAGAACGUGAAGCAUCCCUUCCUGGUGGGGCUACAUUUCUCCUUUCAGACGGCCGACAAGCUCUACUUCAUCCUGGACUACGUCAACGGCGGAGAGCUGUUCCUGCACCUGCAGAGGGAGAGAUGCUUCUCGGAGCAGCGGGCUCGCUUCUACGCAGCGGAGAUCGCCAGCGCCAUCGGCCACUUGCACUCGCUCAACAUCGUCUACAGAGACCUGAAGCCAGAGAACAUCCUCCUCGACUCAAAGGGCCACAUCGUGCUCACGGACUUCGGGCUGUGCAAAGAGGGCAUCGAGCCCAAGGACACCACCUCCACCUUCUGUGGCACCCCGGAGUACCUCGCCCCGGAGGUUCUCCAGAAGCUGCCGUACGACCGCACGGUGGACUGGUGGUGCCUGGGCUCGGUGCUGUACGAGAUGAUCCAUGGCCUGCCCCCAUUCUACAGCCGCAACACUGCGGAGAUGUACGACAGCAUCCUGCACCGGCCGGUGCGCUUCCGUCCGGGUCUGGCAGCGCCCGCCCGCGACGUCCUGGACCGUCUCCUGCACAAGGAGAAGCACCUGCGCCUGGGCGCCGUCGCAGACUUUCUGGAGAUCAAGAACCACGCGUUUUUCUCCUCCAUCAACUGGGACGACCUCUACGCCAGGCGCAUCACGCCCCCAUACAAUCCAGACGUGGCGGGCCCAUCGGAUCUGCGCCACUUCGACCCGGAGUUUGUGCGGGAACCGGUGCCCAACUCCGUGGGACGGUCGCCGGACCCGGCCAUCGUCAGCAGCAGCGUCGUGGCCGCUGGGGACGCCUUCCUGGGCUUCUCGUACGCCCCGUCGGCUGAUGACACCUUCCUCUGACGAACGAACAAACGAUGGCAGCUGCCUCCGUGUGACGAAGCUUCGAUACUAUUUAGCGAAGGGCGCUUUCCCCACCCAACGGUGAUGUCUCGUUAUAACAGGGCGAAGCCUCCAAAAUACUCUCCUGUAACGGACAAUGCGCUCCUUCAGUAUGCAGCACCUCGCUAGCAGAGGACGCUUUGCUAUAAUGGGCUGCAGCCGCCCAUGAUAGACUGUGCCUCUUGAUAGCAAGCGGUACUGCUGUAAUUGACACCCAGCUGUAAUGGACAAUGAUCCACGUUUGUCUCCUGCCAUGACCCUUCGACCCGCCUCCUGUCAGAUCACACCUUUGCUAUACCAUCACCCCACUUCUUUCACGAGCGCAUCGGCCAACAUAGCCUCCCUUUGACACAUCUACCAAUGCCUCUCUCUAGCUGCCAGAUGAGGGUCAAUAAUGAACAAAACGUUCUAUUUUGAUUGAUUCACAUCGUGAUUUCAAAUGUAGUAGAUGAACAACACCCAAUCGACAGUGAUGACAUUAUGAGCCUGCUUUUUAGUGUUUACUUCUAGUAGCUAAGAUAUAUCAGUAAUUGACUUAUGUACACCUUAACCAAUCUUCUUGAACGCGAUUCACUCCCAAUCGCACGGUCAUUUCUCUCGUGAAGCGUGAACGGGAGAGAGGUCUGCGCGGAAGAGUGAGCGUUCUGACGCUGGCCAGGGCGCUCGGUUAUGAUUGGAGCCAUAGAUCCCCCACCCCAUGUAACCCGAGGUGGGGGUAGUGGUGAAUCAAAUAUUGCUGUCUCCGAGGGACAAUGCGUUUAAACGAGUUCUAAAGAACAAAGCGAGAGGUCGAAUAAGACCGUGUCAUUUCCGUGACGAGUUUCAAGCCGGAAGAAUGGUGACCGGCAAUGCAUUUGCACGGCCACGAGCGGUAAGCAGAGUUGGCCCUGGGCCUGGCCAACUUUGUUCAGCUGCGUUCAGCUGCGUUCAGCUUGGCACCGUGUUACAGGCCACCGUCAGGUAGGAGACUUGCAGGCCGUGACAUCAACACCCCUGCCGAUCACUAAACCAUGUUUUAUUGCAACACUGGAGAAAGUUCUAGUACAUAUUGAUUUGUAUUUACAAGGAAACCUCAUCGAUUUGCACUAAUGCCUGGGGCCUUUGCAAAUAUUAGGAAGCUGACUUUUUUUUUUUCAAGUGGUUGAAUGUUUGUUUUACACUUGAAUGCACCCAGACAUAUGGACAUGUUAGCACUGUGACUGAUGAAGUCUUAACAUAACACAAACAAAGUGCAUUCGUUUUACAAAAUGUAAUAUUGUGUAAUAUGCAAAUGCAAGGGGAUAAAUGGCUAUAUUUUAUAUUUAGCAUUUUAUAUUUUAUUAUAUCUACACAGAUACGUAACAUUACUGUAAAGUAAAAAAAUGCAAAGUCAGAUUUCACAGUAGUUGGUAUGUGAAUCCAUGAGGUUUGCCUGUAAAUCAUAAUCUAUGUGCCUUUUGCGGUAAAUGUAAUUGUAAAACAUCACAUCCACUUUCCAACCACUACCUCUCCCCAGGGCACCCAACAAUAUUCCUGCUGCAAGAAUGCGCUCGCCUUCCCAGAUUGGACGUCAUCGCCAUCAUGUAUUACUUUACGUCGCUUCACAACCGUCUCACGUGCUGUGAGGCGCAUGCGAUUUAGGCCUCGAGGGAUAGGGUAAGGGAGAGGAGGAGGAGGAUUUGGAACAGAGUUUAGCCGCAUGGUGGAAUGUACCGAAACUGAUCACGGCGCUCCGUAGGAAAACUCUGCGUCUCGUCAAAUCUGCUGGCAAUUGUAUGCUUCACAGAGCGACCCAAGGUGAGAUGAUCAACCAUCUCUCCAGCUGAGGGUACUGACCCAUGAGUCGUUAGAACUGGACGACACAACCCAUUGUAAACGGGGCCUGGUGUCGUCAUGCAAAGGCAAAAUGACAUGGCACCUUGUAUUUGCUGUUCUUGGCAUGGACUACUGGUGUCACGUCAACAUGGACAUCAGUUCACAAUUGGGAAGAGUCGAGUGUGCCCUACGGGCGUCAUGGUGACGAGAUGUUCACUACCUCGCCUGAUUUUCAGGUCGUGGUUUCGAUCCCGACGCUGACAUCUGCAUAUUUGGAGUUUGCAUGUGUCUCCCCGUGGUCGCGUGGAUUUUUAACCGGACCCUCCGGUUUUUCCCUCCACAUUUAGAAACAUGCUUUUAUAGUAUUUGGCUGCUAUAAAUUCCCACGUGAUAAGCCACAUCAUUGAGCUAUCAUUUGUGGCCAGGCCGCUUGUGAAAAAACAUGUUGCUCAUUUGGCCUUACCUGGUGAAAUAGAAAAUAGGUUUUUUUGUUUUGUUAAAGUAGGACUCAGGUGAGGGGUAGAAUUAGGGCUAAGGCUAGAAGCUACUAUUGUGCCGAAUAGCCAUCCCAGAUUUGGAUCUGACCGAAUAUUGAAUGCUCGAAAAUGUUUCAAGCCAAGUGCCUGUUAUCUCUGUCUGUCUGCACCUUGGCAUCAUCUGAAUGUAUCACUGCCCUUUUCCUCACGCUUGUAAUUCUUCUGAUAUUUCAUCUCGCACCUGAUGUGAACGCCUAUAUUGGCUCUAUGUCAGUAUUCAAUCAUUGCGUGUCUAUAUUUGAUGUUUCUCGCAAUUUACACCUCUACCCAUCUCUCUUCACCAAUGUAACUCCCUUUGUCUCGUAUCUAUUUCAUCUGCAUCUCUCACUGUGGCUUCUCGCAAGUUUGUGUAGCUAAUAUCUCACCGCAUGUGCCUGUAGCUCUCUACUCUCAUUACAUUGCCUCGACUUUACUAUUCGGUUUGAAUCCUGAUGCAUUUGAACAUCUAAUUCAGGUAUUUAGUAUUCAACGGGAUAUAAAAAGUGGCAAUUGGUGCACGCCUAGGUGUAGCUUCAGAGAUGGUGAAAUCUAUGGAUAAGGGCUAUAGUUAUUAUAGUCAUGGCUAGUAGCUACUGUUGGAAUUAUAGUCAGUGAGGUUGGUCCAUUCAAUAUAACUUUAGCACGAUGAUCAAGGUUAAGACUAGUAUUGAAGCCAAGCUCGUGGUCAGAGAUAUAUUUGACAGUUUAGGGUAAUGAUCAGAGUAAGGACUAGAGGUCAGGGUUGACGUUAUAGUUUUCGCGCGGGCUAACGACCACAACUCAUACAUCCUCAUUUUCCACAACAUAAUUUUGAGUUGUAUCUCAGGCAUCGCGUUCGCUGGCUCCAAGUCAGGAACCCAUAGCCUAUCGUAUCUACUGAAUGAUCGUUGUCAUGAUUUCAUUUGGCUCUACCCAGCGGGUCUUUACUGAGUUGACUCAGUCUGAUAUGGGCACCUGCUGUGUGUCAGGAUGAUUAGGCCAGAAAUAUAAUGGCAGAUGGUGGACUACCCCAUUCAAGAUUCUGAAAAAGAACCCUAGGUUUUACACUUUCUUGCAGUGAAACAUGUGUUAGGAUGUUGCAAACACCAAAUAGAUACAUUUUGCAAGGCGUCAAGUCUGCAUUAACCGCACAAACUUGUGGUAAAACAUGCUAAUGAACAUGCUCUGAUAAUUAUGCAUUGAAAUGCAAUGGGUUUCAAAGACUGCGUAUAUUAUCAGAUAAUGUUUGCAUGUUUUUCCACAAGUGGAUGUGGUUAUUGCAGACUUGACGCCUGGCAAAGAGGUAUCUAUUUGGUGUUUGCACAUCCUAACACCUCUUUUAUUGCCAGAAAGGGUCACACCUAAUCCUGUUUUUCAUCAUCUUGGACACUGGCAAAAUGGUCCGAUAGAUACCCAUUCAAGACUCGUGGCAUGGACCCGUUGCAAGAUUCAAUGCAAGGGGCCAAAUUUUGCUGAAUCUCUUUGAACGUGUACAUGAUUUUGAAGUUGGGGAUGUUUCAUGUCUUACAAUAUUUCACGUGAAUAUCCUAACAAACAAAAAAACACUUUGCAAAGAUCAAAAAUGAUGAUAGGAUGAUGUAGGUUUUAGACUGUGUGUAUUUUGUUAAUUAUUUUGAUUGGUUUGUUCGUACAGAAUUGAUAUCACUUAUUCCAGUCUCAUUCAUCAGUCCACUUUAACCUUUGCAUGAGAAUUCGAUUUCCUGUUUGGCUUUUGUAAACGUGGGUAUGGAUAUGGAAUUCAGGUGUAAGAGUAGAAGCACACGUUGAAGCAAGGGGCAUUAUUAACGAGCUCUGGAGGUUAUUUGGGAUUUUUAGAAGGCCAACAAUUAUAACAAGUGACCUUUAUAUAGUUACGGGUAAAAACAAGAAUUAUUUCAUAUUUGUUGCUGAUAAUUUUGGCAAAAAAUAUUGAGGCGCACACUGUGCCGGGAGCUGUUAAUGACAAAAAAUAAAAACAUUUAAAAAAAGUAA